AGAAUAUUUAAACUGGUUAAAAAUGUAUUCAUUCUUUUUCUGACAUAGGUACAAUCCGUGCGUUUAUUAUGUUGUAUGCGUCUUCCUCGUACGAGACCAGCCGCAAUGUUCCAUCGAUAGUGACAACAAGUACAUCGCAAUAUUGUAGUUAAAACAUCAAACAGCUUAAUGUUAUAUUGUGCUAUUUAUAUUAUAUAAUGAUUUUUUUAUUAUUUGUCUAAAGUUAUUAUAGUAUACUGUUACAUUGUUUUAAUUACCUACACAAUAAAACGUUAUUAAAUAGAUCGACGAAUAUUGGAGUAAUAUCACGAACGGUGUAAUCAGUGGUUAAUAUAUUUUUCUGAAGGCUAUAUUCUAAUAAGAGAAUUCAAAUACCACUGUUCCUAAUACGUUGAAAUUGUCAGUAUAAAACGAUAUGUUUAAAAAGAUAUUCAAAGAAAAUGAUAAACUUAUUGAAACAAAAGAAGCUGAAGACAUAAAAUGUGAUCGUAGACAACUGUUGUCAUGCUUUCUAGCCUCGUUGAUGUCACUAUCGGCGGGCACAGUUGUCGCAGGAUGGUCGCCAACCGAAGGAAGUUCGAAAGAAAAAGAUUUGGAAAAUUGGUCCGUCGAACAGGAAUCGUGGAUUAUAUCGAUUUACUUGUUCGGUGCGCUGAUUGGAGCAUUACCAGCCGGCUUUUUGAGUCAAAAGUAUGGCCGCAAGUUGUUCCUUCUCUGGCUAGCCGCCCCCAUGAUAGUCGGAUGGAUAAUUUGUCUAUUUCGGUUGCAGAGCUUGUUCCUGGAGUGCUUGGGACGAUUCAUUUGCGGGUUAUCGGUAGGCGCGACCACCGUGGCCGUGCCGCUUUACGCCCGCGAGGUGUCGUCGGACCUUCUGCGCGGCCGCACCGGCGUGUUCCUGGACUUCAUGCUGUGCGCCGGCAUACUGUACGCGUACGUGGCCAGGACGGUGUUGGAGGGUAUGCGACAGUUCUGUGUGGCGUGCACAUUGGUGCCCGUCGUGUUCGUACUGCUGUUCUCGUGCAUGCCCGAUUCGCCUAUCCACCUGUACAACGUGGGCAAGUACGAUCAGGCGGCAUCGGCACUGAGAUGGUUUAGGGGAAGGCGAUUUGAUGUUAAAAACGAGUUCGAUAAAAUAGAAACAUCCAAGUAUCACGACGAUGAGUUAUUUGAACGUAAUGGAAAGAUGAGUGCCAAAAACAAGAAAUUUCUAGCAAAGGUGGCGAUCAUUUCUUUCGGCCUAGUGAUCGUUCAACGAAUGUCCGGCGCUGGUGGUGUGAUCCAGUACUCGGUCACGUUAUUUAAAAGAUCCGGAAGUACCAUCGAACCGAACUUGGCAUGCAUCAUAGUCGGUACAUUCCAAUUAGUCGCUUCUGGAGUUUCAUUUCUGCUCGUCGAUAAGAUCGGACGAAGAACUCUGCUAUUGAUCUCAUCCGCGAUCAUUAUCGCGUGCCUCGUAUUUUUGAUAUUUUACUUCAGCUUUAUAGAAAACGAAACACUAGCUGAUUCACCAUGGAGGAUGUCCCUGCUGUUUGUCCUAUGCAUAUUCAUAUCUGCUUUCCGGUUGGGCCUGGGGCCCAUCCCAUGGUUUAUAAGCACCGAGCUAUCACCGGCCUUGUAUGGUAGCCGCAUUCAAUCCAUGACAGCAUCUUUUUCCUGGACCCUGUCGUUUUUCAUCCUGAAGUCAUUCAAAAUCCUCUUUGAGUAUAACCCCGUAUUAUUGUGGUGUUUGUUUACCAUGUUAUCGGUCAUCGGGUUCCUGUUCAUGCUGUUCUAUGUACCCGAGACUAACAACAAAAGUCGUGAACAGAUCCAUCUUGAUCUGAUUAAAUAGGUUGAUCUAAACAGUAUCUAGUGUCUUCACGAACUUUGGCGUAACUAAUGAUAAGCUUAUAGAAUGGAGCCACCCGAGUGGAGAAAGCAUUUCAAACUUUCAGAUUUGAGAUAUCGCUUGGGUUUAUACAUAUAUAUAUAUAUAUAUUGUUACAUUAUAUAAGGUGUAUCACAUCGAUCUCACAUAGCCAAAUGUAAUUUUAUUGUAAAGUUGUCUUAACUUCAUAAUACACCGUAUGUCUGUAUAUACUUACAGUACAGUACUAAAUUGUUACACGAAUGCAAAAUUCAAAACAAUAGUUAAGUUAGUAAAAAAAAAGGAUACUUAAUUAAAAAAAAAAAAAAAACUUUGUAACA